CGCACGGACUAUCAGCAUGAAGGCUUUAUCUACACCACCGUCUCCCAGACACAGGACUAAGAGAGGGGUGACCAAACCUGUGAUGGAGAAACGCAGACGGGAGCGCAUCAACCACAGUUUGGAGACAUUACGCGUUCUGAUGCUGGAGAGCACCCACAAUCAGAAACUAAAGAAUCCAAAGGUGGAGAAGGCGGAAAUUCUGGAGAGUGUGGUCGAGUUUCUGAAGAUAGGGAAGGACAAGGGUGACAAGGCUAUGAAGAGGGUGCUGUCCAGGGAGCAGAGGCCGACCUGUUCCCGCGAACACAACUACCACGAGGGCAUGAGAUCGUGCCUGCUGAGGGUCAGCCACUUCAUAGCCAGCAAAAGCCAAGAGCUGGAGGAAACCGGCAGGAGCACCGCUCAGGCUUCGUUUACGCAUCCCGAGUCCCAAACGCUCCCUCCUUCUCCCGGGUACAUUCACAAGUCGCUGCUGUACGUUCCCGGUGACUCCGCUGCUCUGUCCCCUCAGCGCCUGCCCCACCAUCAUCACCAGCUCUCUCAUCUGUACCUCACCCAGAAGACUGGCAUCCACGGUGACACCAACCAGCUGCUCUCCUCCACAGCGGUCUCCACGCACAUCACCGACCCAGUGUGGAGGCCCUGGCCUCAGUGACAGACACUUUGAGACAAAUUUUUAUUUUUGAUACUGUAGAUGGCAACACGCUGUGUAAAUAUGUAUUUUAUUGUACAGUCUUGAUUCUUUUGUACAGUGAAGACAUUUAAUAUCACACCCCAGAUGACUUUCUCUUGUUCUUUACGUACGAGACUCGUCUGUGCGCAAAAAUAUCUCGAGUUCUAUCAAAAAAAUGAAAACAACAUUUGUUUUCUUUGGUAGAAAUGGCAUCACCGGACUGCGUGUGAAGAUCUGCCGACUAUGUUACAACAUAGUGCAUUUUUUGUCUCUUCUUUCUUACUAACGAAACCAGUUACGUUCUUUGUAACACUGUAUUCUCCACUAAUGUGGAGUUUUUAUUUAGAGCUUUGUCAGUUUUAUGCGUGUAUAUCUGCCAAAGGUUUCUGACUAUUUUUAUUUUUUUGUGUUGCUGUUAUUUUUUUUUACAGCAAUGUAUUUGAUGCUACUGGGACGCGUGCGUAAAAUCCAUUUUACGCGAACGAAUUUCUCUGCUUUGACUAUUACGUGGGGAGACUGAUGUUUUUUUUUGUUUUUUUUUCUCUGACGCGAAUUUGAGACAUGAUAUAAGAAUAUUGUUUCGUAAUUGUGCUUGAUAAGUUCUCUGCCCCCUCCAUUCUCAAUAAAAGCACAAUUUCCUGACUGUUCCAGAUCAUCGGAGUGGCUUGUUUGUCGUGUGAAUAGCUUGUACUU